AUGAACCUCUGGUAUCUGAGGCAUCUCGGUUGCCUCUUGUUGUCAUUGCUUGUCAGCUCUCAACUAGGAUCGACCGAGGAAUCUGUAUACUUACUUUAUAGACAAUCUCAUAAAGUUCUACGAGCCGAAUCGAGCAUCGAAGAAAAUAACAACACUCUGAUAGUCGCCUUCAAGUUACUAGCUGCUGGUUCCGAUGGCGGUGAAGUUCUAUCAGCAGAUUUUAAAAAAAAUGAGGAGUCUGUGAUGAAGCUAUCAGCCUAUCUCAAAAAAAACGAAUUGAAUAUAUCUGUACAAGAGUCAGGCCGAGUAUUGGUUUCAACCAAGUUCGCAAUAAAUUUAGCCAAAAACGCUCAAGUUUCAAUUAAAAUUGAUAAUGAUGAGAAACUACUCGAAUGUAAAUAUGAUGAUAAGCCAAGGAUAAUUAGCUACUUCGAAGAGCCAUUGAAUUACAAGAACGUUACAGAAAUAGAAGUCGUUCUAGGAUCUCGUAAUCAUGAUGCCGUUAUUGGAUGUGUAUCACUGACAGCAAUCGGCACUGAAUUCUCAAAUUCUAAGUUAACCGCUGUAUCAGAGAGCUUUGUUGCAGAAUGUGGUCAUGAUCAAACUUGCGAGGCUAGAAGUUGUGGAAAUGGUCGAUGCAUCGACCAACACAUUGCGGUCUGUGAUUGCUACGAAACUGGUAAAUCUGGCACCAGUUGUGAGAAAGAUGCUGUUUCGAUCGAAUUGAAUAAUGCGGGAGAAGGGCUUGAAGAUAAUAUUUAUUUACGAGGAUCCUCUGAGCCAAUUUGGAGGUUCGCCAUGCAGUUCAAGUUGAAAGGCUCGAAUGAAGGUGUUCUGGCUUAUGCUGCUUUACAAAAUCGUGAUGAAAUGAAAAUAUACGUGGUUGACGAUCUGGGAACUGUUAGCAUAACCCCUAACAUAACUAUAAAGUUCGAAUUGAGCACAGAGAGAAUGUUUCAUAAGCUUGAGCUACUUAUCGAUAAGAAGGAGAACGGCUUGAAUUCAAAACUUGUGGUCGACGGUGUCGAACAACAGUUCACAAUCACCUCAGACUUGAUUCUUCAGUCUGUUUCUUACGGUGCAGGGCCCGCAGAGGAAGGUGUAUCAGAUGCCGGAUUCACUGGUUGUUUCAGAGAACUCUACGUAAAUGAGUACGACGUGAUCGACAUGGCUUUUAUGAAUAAUCCAAAAGUUGUACUAACAAAGCCUGCUACUGAAUGUACCAACCACGGGCCAACAAGCGAUUCUAUUGUUGUAAACAGUGUGAAGUUGAUUCCUCCAGAAGAUGCUCCAACCAAUGAAGCUGUUCUAAUGAGCGAUGACACUGAAGACGAUGAUAUGGUUUCUACUACGGGUAAAGAGCCAUUAGUUUUACAAUGCGAGAACAUGCAAAAAACGUUUUGUAAGAAUGAGGCAGGUUGUUUGGUUAUAAAUGGAAAAGCGAAUUGUAUCUGUCAACCUGGAUAUGCUGGUAGCUAUUGUCAAUUUGUUGUACAUCCUCGCACAUGUGCUGAAGCUAGAUCAUUCUUCCACCAACGCGAUGGACCAACAGUCAUAGAUCUGGAUGGUUCUUCCAAUUUAAAGUUCUCGGUUACGACCUGCGAGGACGGAAGCACAAUUGUACCCAACAGUAUGCCACCAAAUACUCUCAUCAGGUCGGGAGAGGAACAGAACUGGAUCUUCCGGUUGAGCUACUUAGACUUUUUGGAAACAAACAAACUGUCCACUCUUAUUGCGGAAUCUGGAAAUUGUCAGCAAUCUGUUAAAUAUGAGUGUAAUCGAGCUCCUCUGAAAUUCCAUGAUGCUCAAACCUAUUUCCGCGUCGCUACUAUGAACCAAACAGUUACGCAGAUUGGACGGGAUAACGGAACAUGUAAAUGCCACGAUUUCCAUAACUGCUUGCAUGAUGGCUCCUGCAACUGCGAUGCUUUUGGUAUUGCUCAAGAUGAUGGCAUUCUUACGGGUACGCAAGCUGGGAUAACUGAGAUAAUUUCGAUGAGCAUUAGUGGUUCUGUUGCUGGUAGAAUGACUGUUGGGCCUCUCAAUUGUUCAGGUUUUGCUGGAGAAAGGGAUAGCUUCCAGUUCAGUAAAGACGCAGAGUUAGCAUUUACUGAUAUAAGGGACGUGUCUCAAAUAUCAUUGCAAUUCAAAACCUCUGUGAACAGCGGAAUUAUCUUGACUGUUGGGCCAACAGUUCUAGAACUUCUAGAUGCUUAUACGAUCCGUGUUGUCCAAGGUGAGAAAAGUGUGGUGCUGGGAUCACAAACAAAGCUGAACAACUCCAUUUGGCAUCUUCUCCGCUUGGAGUGGUUGUAUGAUGACUUUUUAGUCUCAGUUGAUUCUCAUUUCAUGGUUUCCACAGAGAUCAAAAAAUAUCCAGAUCAUUUAGUUAUCAACAGUUUGGAGAGAGGGUUCUAUGGAUGCGUCCGAUCAGUCUCUGUUAAUCGUGAGUUACUUGAACUCGAGAAAUUCGCACGUGAACGGAAGCUUGAUUAUAAGCAAUGCAGUGAGCACUGUAGUCACAUCAGCUGUCAAAAUGAGGCGGAAUGCAUUGAGGAUUACCAGAAAGAUGAAGCAACAUGCCGUUGUGUAUAUCCAGAUAUUCAAUCAGGAGCUACAUGUGAAAUAGAUAUCAAUCAUCAAUCGUCAGUUAGUUUCCAUGGCGGUUAUUUGACUUAUGAGAACAUCACCAAUCCUCUGACAGAAAACACGGUGUUUUCUUUCCGAACGGAUCAGCCAGCUGCUCUGCUUUUUUAUGCUCAUGAUCACUUACGGAACUUCAUUCAGAUUCAUUUACGAGAUGAAGUGAAUUUAACUUUAACACUGAACCGGGAUCGUGAAAUCUAUUCCUGCACAAUUUCUGCUUCGAACGGUGAUGAGUUCAGUCAUAUGCAAUGGAUUCAGAUUGCUAUAAAGCAUGUGCAGAAUGAUUAUACCCAGUUGCUUGUUAAGGAUGAAGCUUGUAUAAUCCGAGCUCCUCUACAGCUAUCCACAUCUCUCAUCACACAAUAUAACAAUUGGAACACGAAUGAUGGUGUGGAACUUCCCAUAGGUUUGGACGCUUCGGCUGUUGCUGAUCCUACAAUGAAAGUUCUUGUUGGAGGAGUUACCGAUGUGGAAUCUGAAGAUGAGGUUGUUCAUAAACUGAGACCAAGCUAUCGCACUAAACUGCCAAAUCUGUUGGGUUGUGUAAGAGGGCUCAGAAUUGGUACACAUUCCAUUGAUAUGAGAGAUAGGUCUCUCGGAUUAUCCCCAGAAGAUCCAAGCUUAGUACGUGUGGGAUGCGAAGUGGGCUGUGACACGUUGACAUGCUACAACGGGGGUCAUUGUUCCAUCGGCUGGAGAAAUUAUGAUCCUUCAGCCUCAAAAACGAAAUGUGAUUGUACCAGGACAAGUUAUGUCGGAGAAAGUUGCACCGAUGAUAAUGGCAUGCUUCUCUCCAACCAAAUCGUCGACUUUAAUAUCACAUCACUAAUGACUCGUUUCGUUGAUCCUCCUCUAAGAGGACAGUCUUUGAAGUUCGCCUUUUCACCUGCUGCCGCCAGGAUACAUUCUCGUCAAGUGCUUGCUGUAUUACAAUCACAAGACAAGUUACUAGAAAUACUGUUAAACAAGAACAGCACUAUUAAUGUAGGUAUCGUUAACGGCAAAUAUAGCCAGGUCUUGAAUUUCAAAGGAAAUUUCACGGAUGGCUAUAGACAUUUCUUUGUCGCUCGGUUCGGGCCGAACAUCGCAACAUCGAUUAUGAUCGAUAGUUCUCGACAAAGCUUUGAACAUCAUGAAAGCUCAUUUAUGGAUAUGCGAUUCACCAAUCGGUUGAUCGUGGGAGGAAAAGGUUCACUUAAUAUGGACUUCAGCCCUGCCGGAAUAAAGAGGGACUACGAAGGAUGCAUUUCAAACUUGGAACUGAAUGUUGGUGAAGGGACGAAGUCAUUGGAAUUCAAUUUAAUGGAUCGGCUAGAUGAAGCAGCGUCCGAGUUCCCUAUUCAGAGAGGUCACUGUUCUUCCUUCCGUAUACCUAAUCAACCUCCAGUGUUACAAAAUACCGUUAAUCUUCCCAUAUUCCAAUCAGUCUUCUCUCGGGAAAUUCUGCAGGGAGUACCAGUACAGAAACAGCAGUCUUUCACAAUUCUGCAUAUCAUCAUUGGUAUAAUACUAUUUAUACUGUUCGUACUACUACUUGUGUGCCUUGUGUGCUGCUGUCGACGAUGUAAUAGAAGAGGACACACGUGCCACAGGAGGUCAGACCAUACCCUAGUCCCGGUGAUGACUCCAGUGCAUGAAACGACGACGACGAAGUUCGAUAUACCAGAGCCAGAAGGAGAUUUGCUAUUAAGGAACCCAUCGCAAAAAAGUGGAAAAAAAGAUUGUUGGGUAGAAGAUGAAUCAUCGUACACCAACGUGUCUAGGAAUCCCAUGAAUGGAGACAGUAGCCCGAGAUAUUUGAACAGAUUCUGGAACGACACCGGUGACAAGAAGAAGCUAGUUCCUGUGCCAACGCCAUUCUGUCCUACAGCAGAAUAA